GUGAUGACUCAACAGUACAACCAGCAGAAUGUGGCCGACAGCAGCCAGUGCUACGGUUGCGCGCCCGAGAACAGCAACCAUCACAAGUUUCGUUCGAACGGCGAAGCUGAAGAUCCGGUUACCUCGUCGACGUUUGGGGAGAAGCUUGCGGGGCAGAGUUCGCCCGACUCCAGGCCCAUACAGGGCGGUACAGUGAGUACCAGCGUGGAUGGUAGUCAGUCCGACCCGCCGACGCCCAAUUCGCACACUUCGACCCCUCCGAUUCAACAACAGCAACACCCAAUUCCCCAGGCGUUCAUGUACUCGCAGAACAUCCAAAGAGAGGAAUGCGUGAGCAGAGGUCAAGGCAGCGCGGUCUACCUAAGCAACGGAAAAGAGAUGAUCUGCAGGCCUCCGGGCUUGGUGACCACCAUGGCCAGCGGAAGAACGUUCGGCAGCAACACCAUAACGUCUGUACUGGCCGGAAGGGCCAGUACCGCCACUGUAUCCAUCAACACGCCGCCAGGUUCCUCUGGCGCUUCGACGCCUUCCUCCAUGCCCCAAACCGUGACGGUCAACGUGACCAAAUCUCCUUUGGAGAUGGUGCAAAGCGUCGUCAGCAGCAUACAGGUCCCGAACGUUAUGAGUUCGACGGCUCCUACCAAUAACAACCACCAACAGAUGUCGCCGCAGAUCAUCAAACACUCUCCAACAGGGUUGCCGCAGCAGGGGCACAUCCUCGUGUCUUCCGGGGGGCAGCUGAUAAUGGCCAGCGCCGGCAACGGCGUGAUGGCUCCGCCGCCGCCCAAGAUGCAGAUGCCGCCGAUGUCGGUUUCGUCUAUGAUGACGAAUGUGACGGGGUCGGUCACGCAGGUGAUCCCCGCGGUGGCCCAGCAGGUUCUGGGCCAGCAGACCGUCCUGGUGAACGCCUUGCAGACGCCUUCGUUUGUUUUGCAGCCCGGGGUCACGAUGACCAUGGACGGGAUGACGGUGCACGGUCAAAACGUGCAGAUACCGCAACUUCUGGCGGGCAACGUGAUCCAGCAGCAGAUCCAGAUAGACAACCAGGACCGGCGCGGGCAGCAAAUGGCGUCGCCGGAAACGAAGAAGAAGGGCAAAAAGCGGAAAACCUCGUCGCAGACGGUGGCGGGGAUGCUGCACAUCGCUGCGCAGCAAAACUCCGGAGUGGUCAGCUUCCCGCAACAGAUACAGAUGGCGCACAGUCCGCAGGGUAUAACAGCGGGGCCGAUGAUGCAAGCGCUGACCAUAGUGCCGAGCAAAACGCAGCUGAUAACGAACCCGCAACCGGGGCAGCAGAUAAACCUGCUGCAACCGGUGAACCUCAUCAACGGCGUUCAGAACUUCCCGAUCCAGCAGUUCAUCGUGCCCAACCUGGGCGGCAGCAGCGUGGUGAUGAACGCCGACGGCACCGCCACCAUCGUGCAGGACGCGGGCGUGCAGCUGCAGCUGCAGAACGUGCUGACGCCGGUGCAGAGCCAGGGCAUCUUCGGGGGGGCGCAGGGCAUCCUGGCGGCCGGGCCGGCGGGGAUGGUGAUCAGGGCGCCGCAGCAGCAGGCGGCGCAGCACCAGGGGAAGCUGGUGCAGCAGCAGCAGCAGCAGCACAGCCCCGGGGCGCAGUUUCUGGCGCCCAACGGCGGGCAGUUCGUGGUCAACGGGGCGCAGUUCGGCGGCCAGUUGAGCCCGCUGGUGGCCAGCGAUCUCGGCUUGGGUCGCGCGUUCAGCUCCUCCCCGCAAACGAUACGCGCCAACAACGCUAUACAACCGCAGCAGCAGCAAGAAUACAUACAGUGCAACCAGAUGGGUCAAACCCUGAUGGUGCCGGCGAACAUCGCCGUAUCGUCCUCCAACCAGCAGCAGAACACCACGUACGUGCAGCAGAACACCACCAUCGUGCAGCAGCAGACCACCAUGGUGUCCAACGGCGGCCACAACAGCAACCAGAACUUUGUGGUCUCGGACAAUUCGAAAAAUCAGCAGCUGCAGCAGCUGCAGCCGCAGCUGCAGGCGGUGGUGUUGCAGCCGCACUGCCGGCAGUCGGUUUCGACGCAGACGGCCGGAAGUCGCGCUCAGUCGGUGUUCACUUCGGCAGGGAGUCCGCCGGACACGACGACGAUGAGUCCGAUGGCGUCGUCCGGCGGACAGAGUCCGCCCACGGCGGACACCACGACGCAUUCGGGGAGCACGGACGACGGGCUGUCGCCCGCGCCCUCUAGCUGCAGCGAUUUGAACUUGCCCGGGCGGCAUCAGUCGUGUUCGAUGGCGAUGGUGCACUGCAUCUCGAGCAGCGAACCAGACUCGGCGGACCUCAACAAUCAAAACAUAAACUUCGCCAAGAAGUCCUACGCGGAAUCCUCCACCUUCGCGGCGGCCGGAACGCACGCCGAAAAGAACUUCUGCAAUGAGCAUGUAGCAUUUCAAGGUAAUUGGAACUUAAAUUAUGACAACCCUAAUCUAUUAGGCUUUAUGUUGCAAAUGUCACGUAAGUUACCGGUCACCAACUGCAAUAUCGAUGAAUAUUUCAACAAAACAACUAAUUUCUUCGCGCACGAGCACUUAAAACAGCAGCAGGAGGCCGUGGUGAGCUCGCGCGACUACGACAAACAAAUGAAGCGCAAAAACAGCGACGCAAUGGUCGUCAUGGAGACGAUGCACACUUCGAUGUUCGAGGACGACGAAGGUACGGACGAUUCCGACGAUGAGUAUUACGAUUACGUUUAA